AUGACAUUCGGCUCAUGGACAUAUUCAGGAGAACAAGUUGAUCUUGUUCAUAUCAAUCAAACAGAUGGUUUUAUACCUGUUUAUGGCAAUAAUAGUUGGAUACAUAUUUUAUUUUUGUUUUUGAUAGGUAUACCAUAUGCAAUUGAUCUAGCUGAUUUUUAUCGUUCAGUUGAAUGGGAUAUAAUGGAAGUUCCAGCUAAACGUAAUGUUCAAAAAUAUUCAUGCUGUCGACAUACAUAUCCUGAUAUAACAUUUUUAAUAAUACUUCGUCGUAAAGUACUUUUCCAUACGGUUAAUUUUAUAAUCCCAUGUGUUGGUAUAUCAUUUUUAACUGUCCUAACAUUUUAUUUACCAUCAGAUUCUGGUGAAAAAGUGACACUAUGUAUAUCAAUACUAGUUUCAUUGACUGUAUUUUUUUUACUAUUAGCUGAGCUCAUUCCACCAACGUCACUUGUUGUACCAUUGAUUGGUAAAUAUGUAUUAUUUACAAUGAUUCUUGUUACAUUAUCGAUUCUUGUAACUGUUGUUGUUCUUAAUAUGCAUUUUCGUUCCCCAUCAACACAUCAAAUGCCUCCGUGGAUACGACAAGUAUUUCUAAAUGUUUUACCAAAAUUAUUAUGGAUGCGUCGACCAAAACCAAUUAAUGCAUUAGAUUUUCAUUUAACAACAACAAAUCAUGCUCAACUUAAACAAUCCAAUCGAACAACAACAAAAACAAAUUUUGGAUUAUCAUUAAUUAAUUCAAGUCCAUAUCAAAUACGUAAAAAUAAAAUACGGUUAUUUGAUGAUUAUGAUUCAGGCCAAGAUGGU